AAGCAAGCGGUUUUAACACAAAGAUCUUUGAUCAAAAUCCAUUAUAGACAGACUGCGGUUGGACUGAUUUCUGACAGGAAGAAGGGGCCCAGAUAAACAAUCAUACUUUAAGGAUAUACAGAAUACACAUCAGAACUACAUCUUCAUUUCUGACAGUGACUAUUCUAAGCUUACAAUAUCCUCUAGAACCAUCCAAGAAUUCAGCACAUUGUUUCUGCACUAUGGCACCCGCAACGUUAUCAUAUACCUUAUAUGUGGCUACCACACCGAAAUUUCCAGUUAUUGUGAUAUUUUCAUUAAGUCUGGUUAAAUUAGUGUAUGCUUUGGUGAAGCCCUCAGGCGUACCCAUAGCCUUGUGUCACUGCAACUUCUCAGUUAACUUAAUACAAGAGGAAGAGGCCAGACAUCUCCCAGAGACUGUACUGCUUUAUCCAGAGCAAAGCGUCCAGAUGGAGCACUAUUUUGAGGGACGAUCCUACCUUAUGGAUGAGCCUAUAGAGCACGUAAAGGAUGUCAGUGAUGGUUUGCCUAGGGAAAAUCACUUUACCAUAAAUUUGACUGACGUCCAUGUUACAGUCAAUCACACGGUAGUUGCUGAGCUUUUCCAGGAUGUGGUUCUUCCCUGUGCUUUCACGGGCAGUGUUGAUCUACUGACUGCUGUGAUCUACUGGAUAAGAAUAGACUCAUUAAAAAACAUCACUAUUUUGGCCUUUGAGAAUGGCACCAGGCAACAUGGAAAAGAAGACUCGGCCUAUCAGAGCCGAACCAAACCGAUGUUUGACAUCACUGUAGGAGAUGCCUCCUUAUUUCUAAAUAAUGUUACGCUGGCAGACAGAGGAAGCUACAUGUGCCAGGUUGGGGAUGUCAGGAAAAUUAACUAUAGUGAAGGAUGUAUAAACUUGACAGUGACUGCAUCUUCAAAGAGCUUAUAUGUUGAGAGUGGUUGGAAUGACUACUUGACCAUCAUUUCCCAUUCUUGGUUCCCCGCACCAGUAGUUGAGUGGGUAGGCAACAAAGGAGAAGAUGUUACCAACAAGUCAGUUACUGAUGUUUUACCUGAGAAGGAUGGGCUCCUUUCAAUUGUUUCACGGUAUCAUGUUGGUAAUGUUUUUGAAAUGGAUUUCAAAAUAAAUUUUCAUAACCCUGUCAGUGGAACAACAAUAUCAGUGCACUACAAUCACUCUGAUCUCUCCUCUGACAGGGACUGCCCUCAGGUGCACACUUAA